UCGCAACCGCGACCGAUAUUUAGAACCUUAAUUCCACCGAAGUUUCUUUCAGAAGAAGCUUGAGAUUCCUGCAAAAUAAAUUCAGCAUAUGUUGAUUGGGAACAUCAAGAUUUAAUUUUGUGUUGUUUACAUGGCUUAUCUCUUUGCUUUCAAAUUCGUUCCUUCCAAUUGUCAUCAAUUGCCUCUCUUGGCAAGUUUGGGAGGAAAUCCAGAACUUCAUCAUUGCUCAAUCAACUCAUUUGCAUUAUGAGCUUAGAACAAUCACAAAAGGUUUCUCCGUCCAACUGUGAUGAUUUCUUCUCUAUUGAGGGUGGCGAUCUGACUUCUGGAGUGGCCACGCCCCCAACUUCUCAUUCAUCGUCGUUCUCGAGUGGUCUAUGGUCUGGUGGCUUUUUUAAGCAAGCUAAGAAGGUGUGGCAGGAAUUCCCCGCUAGUGAUGAGGAAGCCAUACGCGACCUCAAGGAAGAAUUAAGGGAGAGUUGACUUACUUUCCUUUAGGGGCCUUGGCUUUGUUUGGUUGGUUUUGGUGGGUUUUUCAGGGUUUUCUUUCUUUGUUAGGGUGAUUUAAGGGCACAAAGCAGAAGAUAAUGAAAUAAACUUGAGUAAACAACCUAUUAUAAUCUAAAAGACUGAUCAACUAAAUCUAAUCUAAAUUCUAAAUUGUAUGGACACAAAUGAGAAGAUAAUGAAAUAAAUUUGAAUCUCAAAGAUCUUCGCGCUAGUUGAUGUGACGCCUAAACUCAAUGUUGAAGAGAGAUAUGAAUAAGGUUCAAAUCAAGAUGCAAGAAAAGGGUUGGAUCGAAAUCUGCUUGAAUUUUAAAAACAAUUGUAACCUCAUUAAUGUUUGCACGUGUGAGAGCAUCUCCAACAAUGAGAUCUUAUUUUGGGACUUAGUCCACUUUUUGUGAGCACGUACUCCCACAUAGGAAUUAAGACACUCAUAAGGUCCCGAUGCACAUUUCGCUCUAAUAGUUUGAGAUCUUACUUUACUUCUGGUUGGACCCACAAUACACAAUACAUUUACAUAAUUAAUUUCGAUUAUAGUAUUGAAUGAGAGAAACAUAUAUUAUUUUAUUUAAGAUCUCACUUUUGAAGAGUAGCGAGCUAAGACAUGAAUCUUAGAUUUUGCUAAGAUCUUAUGUCAUGUAGGAUACCUCCAAUGAUAAGAUAUAACAAAAUUCAGAUCUUAUUUUAAAAUCCCAAUUUAAGAUCUCCGUUGGAGAUGCUCUGAGUGACAAACUUUUAUUCAUUGGUUGUUGGAGAGUAAGAAGCUCUUCGUAGAAGGACAUGUAUUGAAGGUCCUGAACGACACAUAUGUAAAUUCUUCUUUUGAGUGACUUCCCUGUUGUAUCUAGUAUCAAAUUGCUUAUAUUAAUUAUAGUAGAGGAGAGAAUACUCAUUUUUCAUUCUAAUCCUCACAGGCCCCACAUCGUGAUCUAUUUUCUGAAAUACCCUAAAAAAUGAGAACCUUUCCUCUCCCUAGUCAUUUUUGCUUAAAGGCAUGAAAUAGCACGAACCUAGACAAAGAGAAAUCGGUCUUUGGAAGUGGGUUGAAAGACAAAGACAAUUUUGAUAUAUUUUACUACCAGGGUAAUGUAAUUGAUUUAACCAGUUCAAAUAUGUUUUUUUGAGUGAAAACCAGUUCAAUUCAAAUCUUUGACUAGUAAAAUGGAAAAAAAGUCAUAAAACUUUUAGGCUUAAUCCUCAAAUUAGUCCCUGUCUUUGUUUCGCCGUCUGAACCAGGUCCCUGACCGGAAAAAUUUGUGGCAUCAAUCCCUCUUGUUCAAAAAUGUUUGGAGCCAGUCCUCGCCGGAGCUCGGAGCUCCGGCGAGGGAUGAAGUGGCAUGCUGACUGUGUAAAUAAAUGUGACGUGGCACUUAAAAAAAUAAAAAAAUAAAAAAAUAAUAUAACUUAAUAUAAUAAACACAUAAUUAACCCAAUUAAACUUAAUCUCAUCCUAAGUCUAAACCUAAACCUAAACUAACUAAACAUUCCUAAUUCCCCAGCCAAUUUCCCAAUUUCCCAAAUCAAUCCCCAAUUUCCCAAUUCAUCAACCGUGAAGAACCCUAGUUCUUUCUUCUUCUUCCAUUUCGAGCCCUGCAAUCAAUCCUCUUCCUCUCGCCGAUUCUUCCUCUCUCCGAUUCUUCCUCUCGCUGCUUCUUCCUUAUGCUGUGCUGGUGUUGUUCGUUCGAGAAGGUCACCGUUUAGGACAAGGCUCUUUGUCUUCGAUUACUAAGUAAGUAGCCACAUUCUCUUCUUCGAAUACGAACAAGCUUGUUCGACUGGCUGUUAUCUUGGAGGCUUUGGGUUUCCUUUUGGUUUUGUGUGGUUCAGGGUUUAUGGUUUGUUUGGGUGGGUUUUUUCGUUUAGGGUUGCUAUUUAGGGAUAAAUGUUUAUUUGGCUUCUCUGGAGUUGCAGGAUGGUGUUUACACUGAUUGUUCGUCAUGGUGGUUUGUUUGGGACCGCCCCUUACCUGCAUUACUUUGGUGGUGGUCGAACUGAGCUUCUUGAUCAAGAUGAAGACAUAUGGUCCUACUUUGACACUGUAGCCAUUGUGAAAGGGAUGGGAUACAAGGAGUUUAAGUUAUGGUGGGUCACUGCUGAGGAUGCUGAACGACAUGUCUUCAGGGAUUACAAAACUGAUGCUGAUGCUCUUGAAUUUGCUAAAUAUGCGAGCACACUUGGUCAAGGUUUGUUGUUUGUAGAAAAUCUAUCACAAGAGCAACCUAGUGUUGGCAAUGUUCCCACUAUUGCCAUGCUUCCCUCUGUUCCCACUGUUUCAGCACAAAACAACAAGGUACCAGCACAAAAUAACAAGGUUUCAGCACAAAUGAAUAAGGUCCUACCAACAAAGAUGAAAUGUGUGAGAAGGUCCAGUCGUAUACAAGCUGUGGUGACUAGAGCAAAAUAUUUGGGCAAGCCUUCCUUAGUGGUUCUCUCUGACGAUGAUGAGAUGGAAGUUGAGCUGCCUGUGAAUGUCAACACUAGUCCUGACAACAAUGUUCCUCAGGUAGAUGUUGCUCCUGAGAACAUAAGUCCUGAAAAUGACAAUGUUCCUGGUACAGAGCAGGUCCCUGAGGUAGAUGUUGUUGUUGGUCCUGAGAACAUAAGCCCUGACAACAAUGUUCCUGAAGUUAUUGAUGGAGAUGGGGAAAAUUCUGACAGUGAUGUUUCUGUGCAAAGAGAAAGGCUUCAGGAUAGUGAUGAAGAAAGAGACUUAGGGCAUGAAGAUGUAUUGGACAACACAUCUUUUGCUGAGGCAGAGGCUCUUUUGAAUGAGCAUAUCAAACAGAUGCUUAGUAGUAGAAGUGAAGAAGGUAUGGGUCUAGCUUUUGGGGAUGAAUCAGAUUCUGAAGGAGGUUAUGAGAGUGAGGAUCUAGAGAGUGUGCCAACUGAUUCUGAGGUGGAAGAUGUUCCUAGAAGAAGGUUCCCUAAGUUUGUUAAGGAAAAAAUGGGCCAAGAUUUCAAAUUCAGCCUUGGAAUGGACUUUUCAUCACUACUACAGUUCAAAGAUGCUCUACAUGAUCACUUUGUUACUAAUGGCAGAGAAUUCGAAUACAUGAAAAAUGAUAGCAUAAGGUGUAGGGUAAAGUGCAGAAGUAAGGGCUGUCCAUUUGUCAUCUUAUGCAGCAAGGUUGGCAAUAAAGAGACUUUCAGAAUCAAAACUCUAGUUGGAGAGCACAAUUGUGCAAGAGUGUUUGAUAAUAAGUCAGCUACAGUGAGGUGGGUGAAGCUCAAGCUGUUGAAUAAAGUGAGUACAAUGAAUAAAAUCAGCACAAAUGAAAUAGUAGAUGACUUCAGAAUUAACCAUGGCACUGGUAUAACCAGAUACAGAGCAUGGAAGGGUAAGCAGCUGGCAAUUCAAGAGGUUGAGGGAGCCAUUGAAAUGCAGUAUACCCUUCUAUGGAGAUUUAGCAAUGAAUUGCGGAAGAGGGCUGCAGGAAACACAUGUAAAAUUAAUUUUGAAUCACCAAGAAGCACUUUGUUUCCUAGAUUCAGCAGAUUUUACAUGUGCUUGGAUGGUUGUAAGAGAGGGUUUCUAGCUGGGUGUAGGCCAUUCAUUGGCUUGGAUGGAUGCCAUCUGAAGACUAAACAUAGAGGAAUCUUGUUGGCUGCAGUUGCUAGAGAUGCCAAUGAGCAGUACUUCCCACUAGCCUUUGGUGUGGUUGAGUCUGAAACAAAAGAUAGUUGGAUGUGGUUUAUGGAGCUAUUGAUGGAUGACAUUGACCCUGAAAGAUCAAGAAGAUGGGUCUUUAUCUCAGAUCAACAAAAGGGUUUGAUGGAGGUUUUCAAAGAAGAUAUGCUACAUGGUAGUGAACAUAGACUAUGUGUGAGACAUCUCUAUGCAAAUAUGAAAACUAAAUUUGGAGGUGGUGUGCUUUUAAGAGAUCUGAUGAUGGGUGCUGCCAAGGCUACAUAUGAAGCUGCCUGGAAAGAAAAGAUGCUUCUGAUAAAGGAUGCCAAUGAAAGUGCUUAUCAGUGGUUGAUGGAGAAGCCAACUUCAAGCUGGUGCAGACAUGCAUUUAGCCUUUACUCAAGAUGUGAUGUGGUCAUGAACAACCUCUCUGAGGCUUUCAAUGCAGCAAUUAUGUUGGCUAGGGACAAGCCUAUUUUAACUAUGAUGGAGUGGAUUAGGACCUAUGUAAUGGGAAGGUUUCCACAGAUGAUGGAGAAGCUGCACAAGCAUCAUGGACAGAUCAUGCCUAGGCCAUUGAAGAGGAUAUUACAUGAGGUUGAUCACAUUAAGAAUUGGAUCCCUAGGGUUGUUGGUGCUCAAAAGUAUGAGGUUCGACAUACUAUCACUUUGGAGAGACAUGUAAUAAGCUUGAAGGAUAAGAGCUGUACCUGCAGAUUCUGGGAACUUAAUGGCUUUCCUUGUAGACAUGCUGCAUCUGCACUUACUUUCAAUGGCAAUGAUCCUAAACAAUUUGUAGAUGAUUGCUACAAGAGGGAAGCCUACAAUGCAACAUAUGAAAAUUAUGUGACUCCAUUACCUGGCCCUAACCAGUGGAUUGUCACCCCUCAUGAUCCUGUGUGCAUUCUACCACCCAUGUAUAAGAGAAGUGCAGGGAGGCCAAAGAAAUUGCGGAGGAGAGACCCAUAUGAAAAUGAUCCUAACCCAACUAAAUUACAGAGGGGGGGUGCAACUUGGAAGUGUAGUAGGUGCAAGCAAUAUGGGCACAACAAGAGAGGAUGUAAGAACCCUGUUCCAGAAGAGCAAUCUGAAAUUGUACCAGAAGUUGAUGAAGCUGUACCAGGUGAAACACAAGCUACAACUGCACAAGAUGAUGGAGUACAACCUUCAACUGCACAAGAUGAUGGAGUUCAACCUACAACUGCUCAGAAGAAACCAAAGAACAAGGGAUUUAAAAAAUGCAGUAGAUGCAAGCAGUAUGGACAUUAUAAAACAAGAUGCAAGAACAUCCCAGAGUUAAUUGUAAUGCCUCAGCCCCGCUCUCUUCCUGGGAUUGUUAUAAGGGAGCCUGUCAAUCCUAAUGUCACUGCCUCACUCCCUCUUAAUUCUGGAAAAAUGAAAGAAAAGGUAGUGGAAGAUCCAAGAUCUGUGGAUGAAAAUUGGCAUAAGAUCUAUGCAGGGACUCAUGGAGGAGCUACUACUUCAUAUGUCAUGACUGGGAAUCAGGGAGGAGCAUCCACUUCUGGUUCUGUCCUUCAAGUUCAGAUGGAGAUUGAGACUUCCAGUACUGUUGAGAGGGUUGCAACUGAGAUUCCAGAAGCCACAAGAGACCAAGUUAUUGAAGAUGGAGAAACUUUACCAACACAGUGCAGUGUUGUCCUUGACACAGCAAUGGGGGAAUCAACUUGACCUUGCAUUGGAUGAAGGGAAAGCUUUUUUAGUGUAUGAAAAAAGCAAGGGAAUCUUUCAAACUUUUUU